GGCGAGAAUCCGGCAGGGGGCACCUUGCACAAAAUUCCACCAUUCGUUAGCACAUAUUGUAUGUUCAUUAAUUACUGAUAAUUAGUUAGACAGAUCUCUGACAAUCAGAAAAUUUCUAUUAAUUAUAUAUGUGUUUUGCAAAUGAAAUAGAAAACAGUUGCAAUUAAUGAGUGAAAACCUAUUGAAAAUAAAAUGCAUUAAAUUUUUAUCGGGAUUGAAAAAUUUUGGGGUUUUUUUUAGACAAAGUGGAUUUUAAUUACGAUAAUCGGAUUUAAGAUAAUAUUUUGCGUAUUACCAAGGAAAACAAAAGUGUUUCCUAUUUUCAAUUAUCUCUAUUUAUAAUGAAGAAUCUUCGUGAACUAGUAUAGCAAAUAACUCGUUCGGAGAAACUGCACGACGAUUGUGUAUUUAUAUCAUGAAAAAAGACGGGAAAAAGCGACGAUCAGACGACGAUCCCAGUGUUUCCGACACCGACAGCGGAUGUUCUAAUGAUUCUUUUAACGAGAGAAAAAGACGGAAAUUAUCCCCGUCACGAGAAAUGGACAAUUCGGACUUACAACCCGACGGAAAACCACGAACACACGCAAACGCUCGGGAACGCGACAGAACGCAAAGUGUCAAUACGGCGUUUGUCACGUUACGGACUCUGAUCCCGACGGAGCCCGCGGAUAGGAAAUUAUCUAAAAUAGAAGUGCUAAGACUUGCUACAAGCUAUAUAGCUCAUUUAAAUACUGUGUUGAUGGUCGGUGCAGACUGCCUCGAUCAGCCGUGCAUAAAACACCAGGCAAUGUUGCGGGGUGGAAUGGACUGCAUGCCUAAAGCCGUCUGCACUUUUUGUCUAAGUAAUAGCAGAACCCGUCCAUUAAAACCAGAAAGUUGUAUGUAUAAAGAUAUCCGACACGCAAUGCCAAUGCACGUGCGAAGAUGAGAGCACGUGCGAAGAUGAGAGCGUGACACUUUUGUAUCCAUCAUCAUAAGAUACACCCAUCACAAUCAACGAUGUUAUAUCACAAAAUGCACGUGUUAUAACGAGCACCUCGAAUAUCCCCAAUCAACGGCUGAAAAAAAAACAGUGCUACAUUUUUUUUCUUGAUAGUGAACGUAUACCAAGAAACACGGAAUGUAUUCCAAGUAAACCCGUGCACCUUGCGUCACGUGAUAAUAAAUAAGCACGUGUGUAUCUGUGUUUCUAAUUAGAUACCGGAAGUAAAUGAAAUAAAUGCAUUGGUGAAUGUUGUGAAUGAAUAUAAUGUCAUAAUGGACAGUUAUAGAGGCACGGAUAUAUCAGUUUGAUUUAUUAGUUUUUCGGUACCAUAUUAAAAGUGAAAUUUUACUCAUUAUCUGUAGGACGUAUGCAUUGGUCAAUCAGAACAGGCAUUUUUUCUAUGGAAAUGAAUGUGGACAGAUAAAAAAAACUACAAAAAUCUUACAUUUGGUGCAAAUGCGUAAAAACUUAAAUAACGUAUCCUCUCGUUCAUGCGUCGCGAGAUACAAUGAGAUUUCGUCUCUUCAGACUGUCUUAUAUCGCUUUUAGUGCCAUUGUCAACAUUUGCAUAAGCAAUCGUUUGGGACAAUCAGGUUUAAAUUUACGAUUUAAGGACAUGAAAUGGACAAUAAAAAAACGCAUGUUUUUACUGUGCUUUAAUGUAGUUGCCAGUUUAUAUUUUCAUGAAAUGUAAAUUGACGGGAAUAACUUACCAGUGUAUUUUGAUAAGUGAAUUAUACAACAUAUUAUCAUUUGAUGAGUAGCUAAAUGUGGUUACUAAAAGUUUUCGUCCAUGUUUUUUUUUUGAAUUCACAUUGAUCGAUAACUUUUUGAUUAACCUUUGCCACCAGUAUUUAGUAUUGCAGUAACUGUCACCAUUCACAAAAGCAUAGUUCAUGAAGGUUGAUCAGAUACUGUUGGUAUUUCGAUAAUAUGAAACUUUGAUAAAGGCUUUAACAAAGGCUGUUCAAAUUUAAAAAUUAGGACAAAUCAAGUACAAAAUUACAAUAGGUUACGGUUUAAAAGGACUCCGUUAAGGUUUUUUUGACACAAGACUAGAUUUUUUUCCUAGAUAAAUGUUCCAUUUCAUGUAGAUCUAGACAAAUAAAUUUCAUAUCAUUCUCCGUUCUCUUUUUAUAGAAUAAAUUAUUCUUAUUGAGAAAAAAUGACCUAAAAUUGAAAAACGUUACAACGCUUUUCACUCAAAUCGGGCCAGGAAUAGAAAUAAAGUACACGUUUCAAUUUAUUGUUUAGUAUAUUUCUUAAUUACUUUUUGUUUAACCUUCUCUUUUAAGUACCCCCAGCUGAUCAGACUAUGUAUGAAAUUAAAAUUUAAAAGUUAAAAGUUUCCGGCUUUUGGACCUCAGUGGAGUUCCUUUAAUAUCUCAAAUUUACAACUUGUGUACGAAAUCCAAUACAUGUACAUUUACUUAAAUAGAUACCUGUCCACUUUGUUAAAAUGGGAUGAAAUGACAUUGAUAACGUUUUGAUAUUAUAUGUUUCAGUACUUAAAUCUGUUUAUUGAUGUGUUUGUUACUGUUUAUUAUUUGAGCCGAGUCAUGACAAAACAAACAUAGUGGGUUUUGCGACCAGCAUGGAUCCAGACCAGCCUGCGCAUUCG